AUGACGUCUUGUCACUACUUUGGAAACGCGGAUGAAAGGAUUCCAGACGACGUGAAAGAGUUAGUUGUUCAUCCACUCGUUCAAAGUAUUCCUAAAGAAACUUGUCUCGACUUCGAACACCUCACACGCGUCAAUUUCAAUGGAUCCGCUCUAAGGACAAUUGGAAUGGCUGCUUUCCAUGGAUGUAUAAGCUUGUUGGAAAUUGCAAUUCCUCCGUCUGUGACCAUGAUUGGAGAUUUUGCCUAUGGGGAUUGUCGGUCAUUAACGCAAGUUCAUUUUGCUGAAGAUGGUUUGUUGACUGCCAUUGGAAUAGAGGCCUUUUCCUGUUGCGAGUCAUUGUCGGAAGUCAGCAUUCCCUCUAGUGUAGAGACUAUUGGAAGGUUUGCCUUUGCCAGGUGCCAAUCCUUGGCAAGGGUGGUCUUGCAAGAGGGACUGAAAGCGAUUGAUAUUGGUGCUUUUAUGGAGUGUGUCAAAUUGGAAAAAGUGGACAUUCCAAAAACUCUUGAAGUGUUGGGCAGCAGUGCUUUUCUUCGCUGCAUGGCGUUACAGGAAGUGAACAUUGAGGAAGGAAGCUUGAGGGUGAUUGGACAUCGGGCCUUUGGCAGAUGUUUCAAAUUGCAAACAAUCCGCAUUCCGUCCACUGUCGAGCGCGUAGAAUCAGAGACAUUCACCUUAUGCGAAUCUUUGCGGAUGAUGAAGUUUCAGAAUGGUCUGCGAUAUUUGGGAGAUAGUUCCUUUCAUGGGUGCCAGAAUCUUCAAGCAGUUGCACUUCCAAAGUCGGUUACCGUGAUUUGCAGAUUUGCUUUUCAAGAAUGUCGCAAGUUGGUGUCAGUGGAAUUGGGGGACGGACCUCUGACUAUGACGAUAUAUGGCGAUGCCUUUCGCGACUGCACUUCUCUAAUAAAUAUUUGUCUUCCCUCCGAAUCUCGAAAUACCCAACCAAUUCCUGACUAUGUCCAAUCUGGCGAUGUGGAUGUGAACAGCUUUCGAUACUGCACAGCGCUAGAAAAUCAAUAUGACGACACAGAGAUCCCGCUUGCCAUUACGAGCCGAUUCGAGAAUUUUCCCGUACACAAGAGAUGCUACUACGCAACGGUUACAAGCGCAAAUGAGCUCGCUCAGGAGAUUGCGUUGGCAAUGCAAGUGUCGCACAAAAAUACUCUGGAUCAUGUGGUAGAUCCUUUCGGUAUGACACCUUUUCACAUUCUGCUUUCUGGUGCCAACUGCAGACUUGAUCUUUAG